AUGAGGAUCACGUCUCUAGCGCAGGUCUCUCUGGCACUUGGGCUGCUCCUCGCGGCAGCGACUGGAGCGUUCGCGCAGGAAUGGGGACGGAGCGACGUGAUGGCGAACCGCGACGCUGCUGCGCGCGUGAUGCGGCUGUUCUGGUCCGCGUGCGACACCCCUGAGAAGUGCAAGAGGCUCUGCAGGCGCAACCGCGCCGAAUACGCCCUGCCCUCGCACCCGUGCGCGAUGUUCCUGGACGACGCGGACGGCGAGGACCCCUUCCCGUUCCCGGCCGGCUGUCCGCGCAUGGUCGGCGGGGCCGACGGCAUGUGCCCGUCCCUGCGGUGCAUGGUCGCUCCGUACUGGCCAACGUGGCACCCGUGCAGCCGCAUCGUCGGCGAGGACGGCUUCGCCGAGGGCUUCGACCCCGUGGCUUUCGCUGCUCGGGCGGAGAUUGACGGCGACGUGCGCAGCACCGCGAACGCCGCUGUCGCGGGCGAAGUGCUCCAGGCUUGGAGGAGGGUCGCCGAUGCUCUCGGGGUGGACGGAUCGAACGGCGGCGCGCGCCGGCUCCAGCAGGACGGCGCCGGCUCGCUGCCGGGCACGCCAAUCGACACCACCCUGCCAGGGCUGACGAGCGAGCAGUCCGAGCGCGUAAUCGCCAACGUCGCGCAGGCCAUCAUCGCGAACUUCAUCCCCGUUGCCUUCGGCGGCCGCGGCGGCAUUCUCGGCCUCCUCGGCAUCGGCAGGUCCCUUGACAAUGGCAGUGGCCUGUUCGGUCAGCUUGGUGUCCGGGAGCCCACGGAGGAAGAGCGCGCGAACAUCGAGCUGUGUGGUCAGCCCACGUGCCCCGACGGCUACACGCCGGCACCGACCCCCGAGGGCGGCGCUCCUACCACGCCGCCGGCAGCUUCGCGCACCCCGCCGCGGCCGUUCGGCGGCUUCUUCGCGAACCUGUUGUCCGGGGGUACCGCGGCAGGUGCUGAGUCAGGGGAGCCUUCUACUGCCCCGAUCUUCUCGGGGGGUCUGUUGGGCCUGCUGACGGGCACUCGGCCGCUCGUCCGGCCGGACAGCAUCCCGCGGUUCGGCGGCAAUGCCCCGGGCGCGAGCAGCACGGGCCGGCGGAGCCUGCUGCAGGCAGAGGCGGUGUCUUCGGAGACCAAGCCGGCCGCCGGCAGCGCAGCUCCGAUCGACGUCAUCGUGCUCACGCCGUCCGUCGUCAGCAGCGAGACCAAGCCGCCCGUGCUCGACGAGGACGGCCUCCCCGUCCCGCCCCCUGACGGCGAAAUCCGCGAACCGUUGCCCAUGCCGCGGCCGAUGCCCAUCCUCGUCGCCGAGGACCCCGUCGACCCCGAGCUCAAGGAGACCGAGCCGGCGGACCUGCCGACGAAGCCCCCCCCGAUCGAUGACAGCGACGGCGAAGUCAUCCUGGUUCUCCCGACUGAGGAAACGGAGCCCGAGGUCUUCGUUCGCCGCGACCCCGACGAGCUCGCCGUGACGACCACUGCGGUCGAGGCGACGUCUGAUGGCGCGGGCAGCGGCCAGGCACCCCUCCCGGGGGUCCUUUCCGAGGUUGAGCAGAACUUCGACGCUGCGAUGAAUGACGGGGCGUUGCCGGAGCCCACGCCGCUCGCCACGCCGCUGCCUCCGCUCGGCCAGCGCGGCGGACCUUUCGGGUUCGGCAUUCUACCCUUCUUCCAGUCGCGCACCCCGGCGGCGACGGCUCCGCCUGAUGGCUCUGGUGGCACGCCCACGGACCCCCCGGUGGCGCCGCGGCCGUUCCGCGACUUCUUCGCGCGCCUGUUCGACCGCUUCCGCGGCCGUUUGGGCGGCGCGUCCGUCGCGGCCACGGACGAGGGCGAUGUGGUGUCCGCGUCGUCGAGCACUGUUUCCGGCGACGUGACGAGGCCGGUCGGGGGCCUGUUCGGGCUGCUCGGGAGGGCGGCGAACGGCGGCGGCGCGCGCAUGCACAGGCGCUUGCAGAACAACUGA